AUGGCGAACCCGUUCGCCCCGGCGGGGGGCUCUCCGUUUGGCGCGGCGCAGCCGGCGUCCCCUUUCGGCGCCACGUCCGCCUUCGGCGCGUCCGCAACUCCCGCCAGUCCGUUCGGCCAGGCGGGCACAUCACUCUUUGGCGGAGGGGCGGCAACAGGAAGCGUGUUCGGCGCGACUUCUGCGCCCGCCUUCGGCGCGACGUCCGCGCCUGCUUUCGGCGCAGCGGCGUCGACUCCAGCGUUUGGGUCCACGGCUUCACCUUUUGGCGGCGGAUCAUCUUCUCCUCACUCCUUCGCUUAUUCUUCUUUUCUCCCACGCUACCUCACGCCAACAGGCUCGUCGCUGUUCGGGCAGCAGCAGAAGCCAGCAGCGUUCGGCACGUUUGGGCAAACCCAGGCCAGUCCCUUCGGAGCGCCCGCUUUCGGCCAGCAGUCCCAGCCGGCGUUUGGAGCAGGCGGGGCGUUCGGCUCCACCGCCACAACGCCUACCUUCGGCGCCGCCACUGGCGCCGCGCCCGCGUUCGGCGCCGCCGCUCCCGCCUUCGGCGCGUCCGCGCCCGCGUUUGGCGCGACCGCGACGACGCCCGCGUUCGGCGCGGCGAGCGCGCCAGCGUUCGGGGCGACGGGGGGGCUGUUCGGGACGACGGGCACGUCCGCGUUCGGCGCUGCGUCCGCGCCUGCUUUCGGCAGCCUCUCGCCGCCCAGCUUCGGAGGUACGCGUGCCCGCCUCGCCUCUGCUGCCAUGCCCUUCCUCUCCCACCCACUCCCCAAUAUCCACCCCCCCAUCCUCCUCUUCCCCCUCCGCGCCUGCUGUCGGCAGCCUCCCGUCACCCAGCUUCGGAGGUACACGUGCUGUUCUCCAGCCCCUGCUGCCAUGCCCUUGCCAAAUUCUCCUGUCCUCGCGGCCUUGUCCAAUCUAUCUCUGCUCCCUCUACCCCUCCCCAAUGACUCUCCCCCUUCUCUCACCCCCCCUUCCUCCCCCCUCUUUCGUCUUUUCAACCCUCCGUGUCCUCCAUCAGCGCCUGCGUUCGGAGCAACCACGUUCGGGGCCACACCCUUCGGAGCAGCAGCAGCUGCAGGCACAGGCAGCAGAAACCCCGCCUACACGCCCACCAACGACACAGAAACCGGCACAGCGGGCCAGCUUGGCAAAUUCAUCUCCAUAUCAGCCAUGCCUGCCUACAAAAACAAGAGCCCAGAGGAGCUUCGCUGGGAGGAUUACCAGCGGGGAGACAAGGGCGGGCCGGCGCCAGCACAGGCAGGCGGAGGGCUAUUCGGCCAGCCAGCAGCAGCAGCGGCGUCUCCGUUUGGUGCCGCUGCUGCUGCCCCGGCGUUUGGCUCCACAGCUGCGAACCCGUUUGGCCAGGCGUCCACUCCGAGCCUGUUCGGCUCGGCGGCUCCGGCGUUUGGUGCGGCCGCGCCUGGCGCCACGCCCGCGUUCGGCGCGUCAACUUCCCCGUCCCUCUUCGGCUCGUCAACCCCGGCCUUCGGCGCUGCAUCCUCCCCGGCCUUCGGAGCCACAGGAGGGUCUCUUUUUGGCGCCACUGCGAGCAGCCCGUUCGGAGCAGCAGCAUCAACCCCGUCGCUCUUCGGCUCGCCUGCUGCUGCCACCGCCUCCCCCUUUGGCGCGUCCACCGGCGCGUCUCUUUUCGGAGGGACCUCGCCUUUGGGGCAAGCAGGCGCGGCGGGACAGCCUGGAGCUUCACUCUUCGGUGCCUCUUCUCCUGCCUUUGGUGCCAGCGCGUUUGGGACUCCUGGUGCUGCUGCUGCUACUCCGGCUUUUGGUGCCACGCCGUCACUCUUUGGGACCGGAGCAGCAACGGGAGGAGGGCUGUUUGGGAGUUCCACGCCUGCUGCGGGCUCGACUGGGCUUGGGUUCGGGUUUGGCACGGCCGGAGCUGCUGGUUCGGCGCCAGGGUUUGGUGCGGCAGGGGGGAGCCUGUUUGGAGGGGCGGCAGGAGCGGGCGGCACGACUGGGGCGGGGUUGUUUGGCGCAUCCACUGGUUCGGCGUUUGGGUUUGGAGGAGCGUUCCAGACCAAGCCGGCUGGACUCACUCAGUCCUCGGCGUUCCCCUCGUUUGGAGGGCUGGGAGCAUCGGCGACCACGCCUGGCUUUGGAGCAUCGCAGCCAUCCUUCGGUGGUGGGCUCUUCGGCUCCACUCCUCAGCUGGGCUCCUCUCCAUUCGGCGCCUCCCUCGGAGCGACCGCCACGGGAGGCCUGUUCGCCUGUCAGUACACAGCACAAGCACUUGGAACACCUGCAGCAGUCGGGCUGCUCCAGUCGCCCUUUGGUGUGCUCCCUGCCAUGCCCAACUUCGGCCUUGCUGCUGCAGGAGGGGUUAGAACCAGCACAGAGCUUGGCAUUUCAAGCAUGCCUGCCUCGGACCGCUAUGCUUCAGGCACGCGCGUCUCCUCCAUCCUCACGCCGCGCCGCAUCACCCCGCGCACCCGUGCGCGCAUGCACCACCCCGCCACGCGCCACUUCCACCCCGGCCGCGACACUGCCCGCGUGCCAUUCUUCUUCUCCUCUCCCUCCGACCACGACGACAUCUCCCCUGCAGUGCCGCGCGCCGACGCCCUCUUUGUCCCCCGUGACAACCCCCGCGCCCUCUUCAUCCGCCACCCUGUCGCCCCUGCUGCUGACACCGCUGCUGCUGGUGCUGCUGGUGGCGCUGACGCGGGCCCGAAUGGAAAGAGCCCUGCUGCUGCUGCUGGAGGGACGCCGGGCAAGUCAGGGUCUCCUCAGGGAUCAGACUACCAGUCGCCUCCUUCAGGGGUCUCUCCCAGGGAUGCCUUGUAUGCUCCUUCCGCUCCUCCCUACGAUUCCUCCGAGCUGAACGGCAAUGGGGGCUCGCAGUCCCCCAGGAGCCCCUCUGCUGCCCGCGCUGGCGCCACAGGCGGAGGGUUUGGGUCCGCCAUGCCGUCCCCCACUCUCUCCCCCGCCUGGAACGGCUCCUUCUCUCCGCCCUCCCCCUCUCGCCCCACCGGCACCGGUGCGAAAGGUCCCGGGAUCGAAUCCCAGCUGCCGCGAUUAAAAUCCGCGGAUUAUUUCACCGAGCCGUCGCUGUCUGCUCUAGCUGCCCUGGAGCGCUCGCUUCCAGGGUCGCUGGCGCGCGUGCGGGACUUCGUGGUGGGGCGGAAGGGGUUUGGGAGCGUGCGGUUUCUGGGGGAGACGGACGUGAGGGGGCUGGAUGUGGAGGGGAUAGUGCAGUUUCACAAGUGCGAGAUUCUGGUGUAUAUGGAUGAAGAGAGCAAGCCGCCGGUGGGGGAGGAGCUGAAUAAGCCUGCGGAGGUGACGCUGCUGCAGGUGGUGUGCGUCGAUAAGAAGACCGGCAAGGCGGUGACGGAGGGCCCGGAGGUGGAGCGGUUUGAGCGCAAGCUGAGGCGCAAGACAGCGGAGCAGGAGGCGGAGUUCCUCUCUUUCAACGCCGCCAAGGGCGAGUGGCGCUUCAAGGUGCAACACUUCAGCCGGUACGGCCUGGAGGACUCAGAUGAUGAUGAGGAGGAGGAGGAAAGGGGAAGGGGGAGAGGAGAAGGCGAAGAGGAUGGGAGAGAGGAUGAUGGGGAGUUGGGAGAGGAGGAGUAUGAGACUGACGAGGGUCUGAGUGGCGAUGGUGAUGGUGAUGGUGAUGCUGCUGAUGAUGGUAAUGGUGAUGGUGGUGGUCGUGGGAGGGUGUCAGUGCCACCUGGCGGCGUGUCACUGGACCGGGCGCUGCCAGCUCAGCUGGGGAUCGACCCAAUCAGGCUGCAGCAGAUGCGCCAGGUCAUGUUCGGCCGCAGUGCCACUGAGGAAGAUAAUGAUGGGGACGGCGAGGGGUACAAUGGUGCUGUUGCGGCGUCAGGAUUCGAAUGGACCAUCCCAAACGCGUUGCCUGGAAAAGGAACAGGAACCACAGCAGGGGGAGCAGCAGGGGCAGCGGCGGGAGCAGUAGCGGUGGCGCAGGCAGUGGCGGCGGUGGCGGUGGUGGCGACGGUGGCAGGGGAGGGGAGCAGCGGCGUGGCAGUGGAUGCAGGGCUGUUCCUCGGCCGCUCCUUUCGCGUCGGCUGGGGGCCGGGCGGAGUGCUGGUGACUCCAGGCAGGGUGCUGCCUGCUGGGAGCUUCGCCGGUGGUAACUGCGCUGCAGCAGAUGUGACAGAUGUGACUCCCAUCUCGUCCAAGAUCACUGUCACUCAGUCCCUCAGUCCAGGGGGGGCAGGGAGGGACGCCGAGCUGUCAGAAGCAGAAGCAGAGAGGGCGGCUGCUGACGCCCUUGCUGCUGCCCGGGGGAAGACUGGGCAGGGGCGGGUUGUAUCUGGGGUGGGCGUAUCUGAGCGGCAGCUGCAGCACGAGCAGGCGGUUUGGCAGCUUGUGGACGUUCUGUUCUCUGAUUGGCAGGGCAGGAGGCGCAGUGACGUCAUGCAGGGGUCUGGAGGGGUGGAGAUGGGUGGAGGGGUUGAGGGAGAUGCUGGUGAAAAGGCAGGUGAUGGUUCAGGUGGGAAGUCAGGUGAUGGGUCGAUGGAGGAGGAGGAGAGGGAUGGGGAGGUGGAGGAUGGGUAUGGGGAGAUGGAGGGGAUGAGUGGGGGUGGGCAGAAGGGUGGGAUGGAGCAAGGGGAGGGGUUGAAAGGGGCGGGAGGGGAAGCAGCACUGAACAGGCGUCUGUUUGCAGAUGAUGACGUGGAAGAGGAGGAGGAGGAGGAGGAGGAGACUCAAGGAGGUGCCGCUGCUGAUGCAACUGGUACAAAUAAACAGCCACAGUGGAUUGGGGGACCAGAAACUGCGGAGGAGGAAGAAAAGGGGAGUGAGCAGGAGGAGGAGCAGGGAGGAGUGACCGAGGAGGAGGAGGAGGAGGAGGAGGUGGAGGAGGAGGAGAGGGGUGAUGAGGAUGAGGAGGAGGCAGGGGAGGAGGAGCAGGAGGAGUACGACGAGGAGACAAUGGAAUUGUUCCGCAGAGCGGAGUUCAGCGCGUGGCUGCAGGCCGUGGUGGCACCCGCAAUCGUGCACGAACUCAACUCCCUCGCUGCCACCGCUGCAAACCCUAGCACCGCACCCAACCCUCUCACUUCCACCAGCACCUUCACGAGCAUCACGGCCACCACCAGCACUGCUACUACUGCUGCUGCAGCUUCUGCAGAUGCUGCAGCGCUGCCUCUGCGAGUGGCGUUUACAGCGCUCACAGGAAUGCAGGUGGAGACGGCAGUGGGUGCAGCUGCUCUCACAGGGGACGUGCGUCUUGCCGCCCUUCUCUCCCUUGCCCACUCCGCCCCCGCUGCCACGCGCGCCGAUGCCGCCCGCCAGCUGGCGCUCUGGGAGAGGCUGGCCGGCGGGAAGGGAGAUAGGUAUGGGGGUUCGGGGGAAGGGGCGAUUUCGUUGCAGGAGUUGGCGGAAGGGGCGUUGGUGAGUGUGGAGAGGCUAAGGCUGCUGCGGCUAGUGGCUGGGGAUGUGACUGGGGCGCUGGAGGGUCGGCCUCUGGACUGGAAGAGGCACCUCGGGCUGCUCAUGUGGUUCGGCAUGACCCCGGCCGAACCUCUAGGCUCGGUGAUUGGGGAGUUUAGGAAGAGAGCCAUAGGAGUGCUGAGGGCCAAUGAGGUGCUGCCAGCUGUGCACAUGGACUACGUGGCGCAGCUGCUAGCAGCCAACCAGCCCCACUGGGCGCUCUACUGCCUGCAGCACGUCCCGCCUUCCCGGAAGCUUCCGCGGUGGGCCCUGGAGCGUGCGUUCAGGGAGGUGCUGGCGGUGUCGUGCCCGGUGUGGGCGGCCAGUGAGGAGCAGCGCAGCUUCAUUGAAGGCCAGCUGCUCGUGCCUCGCUCGUGGAUGUGUGCCGCUCAGGCGGUGCACCACCGCUACGAGGGGCGGCGCAGCGACGAGCUGCAGUGCCUGCUGGGGAGCUUCCAGUGGGACCGUGCCCACCGCCUCUUCAUGUCCCACCUCGCUGCUGCAUGGAUUCUCUCAGAGCGGUGGGCGGAGGUGCAGCAGCUGAUGGAGGGGCUGGAGACGCAUGGGGAGGCCAUUUACGGGUGGAAAGAGGGCGGGCGGCUGCUUUUGGACUACAUGCACCUGUCUGCCGCCCUGGAAGGCCAGGCGCUUGUGCCGACCGAAGAGCUGACGGUGUCAGUGGCUGAUGGGUCAGAGGCACUGUCGGAGUUUUCCCAGCGCACGGCUCAGUCUGUGCGCACGUUCCCGCACGAUGCUGCUCGCCUGCGCAUGAUGUAUGCGCGCAUGCUCGAUUCGCUCUCUCGCUCCUUCCUCACCCACACAGCAGCAGCCACAGCUGCUGCUGCCGAUGAAGCAGCAGCAGCAGCAGCAGUCACUCCAGCAGCCGCCUCCUCUGCUCCCCUGGAUGCAGCUCUAGCUACCUCUUCCCUCCCUGCCCUCCCUCGGGAUUCCUGCCUCGCUUUCACGCGAGAGGCCGCGUCGGAGCUCGCCAGCUGGCUUGCUGAGGUGGCACCGGUGCAAUAG